CUAGUCACUCAUAUGACGUCAUGCUAAUGCUAGCGGAGGUAAACACAAUAGAAGCUUGCUGUGACACUCGAAAUAAGACAUUUAUUUUUUGUGUAAACUUCUCGAAAUGCUGAGUAUUAUUACGCGACUUAAUUUGGGAGGACGACGAAUUAUGGAAGUAUUUCUAUAAAGUGAGUGAACAGUGAACUUCUAUUAGUCGAAGAUGAACGCUUUGGUGGCUCUGUGUCAUUUCUGUGAGCUUCAUGGACCGAGGACACUGUUCUGCACGGAGGCUUUGCACCUUCCCUCCCCGUCGCCUUCGUCCCAGACAGGCGUCGCGGUGUCCGGGGACAGAGACGUUGAUCGGGACGGUGAAGGACUCACAAUGAGGGCCAACAGUUCGGCCAGCCAGAGGGGAGAAAUGUGUGAGGGGUGCCGCUCACUCCCCGCAUCCCACCCAGGCUUCAUGAGCAUCGACGACGAGACGGGCAUUCGCUUCCUGAGCCACCAGCAUCCCAGAGAGCCUCAGCUCUUUAGCGUCGUGCGCCAAGCUUGCGUACGCAGUCUUAGCUGUGAGGUCUGCCCUGGUCGCGAAGGCCCAAUUUUCUUUGGCGACGAGCAGCACGGUUUUGUGUUCUCGCACACUUUCUUCAUCAAGGACAGUCUAGCAAGAGGCUUUCAGCGCUGGUACAGCAUCGUCAUGGUGGCCAUGGACCGGAUCUACCUCAUUAAUUCCUGGCCUUUUCUGUUACGCCAUCUCAGCUUGACCAUACAAAGUCUGCAAAGCACUGCUCUGAAGGUGUUUGAAAACGAGCAAGGCAUUUGCCCCCAGCGUGCAGUCAGGAUGAACAGCGUGUUCUCACCUGCCAUUUUUCCGCACCAAAGAAGCGGCAACGCAGCACGUUCCCUAACGUCACUGACAAAGCAUCCUAAUCUGUGGUCCAGCCUGCACUCUUCAUUCAGCUGGCUGCUGAAGGCGUGCGGUAGUCGUCUGACUGAGAAGUUGCUGGAAGGGGCCCCCACUGAAGACACGUUGGUACUCAUUGAGAGACAGACAGAACAAGAAGAGGAAAUGAGUUGCUGGGAAGGAGCCGAAGGAGGCAUUUCCAAACCGCAGGGGCACCAAUUAGACAGCGAACUGACUCCUGAAGAUGAAUCGCCCGGUCCGAGGUUUAGGUCAUUGCGUCAUUUGAGACAGGUCCUUGGAGCUGCUGAGUUCCGGCAGGUGACGUGGCAUGUGCUCAUGGGAAACCAGGUCAUAUGGAGAGGAGCAGACUCCGGGCUCAUCCAGUCUGCUUUUACAACACUCAAGUCAUUGCUCCCGGUAGGCUGUGUGCGUUCAGUUCCCUACAGUGCUCAAUAUGAAGAAGCCUACAAGUGUAACUUCUUGGGUCUGAGCCCAGAUGUGGUCAUUCCAGCACACGUCAUAACUUCAGAGUUUUCAGUGCUUGUGGAUGUCAGCUCAGAGACAGGCUGUCACAGCCUGCUGACAGAAGACAAUAUCUGUUCGUUUUAUCAGUUCAACAUCAGCAGUGCCAACACACAGCCAACAGAUAGAGGACCAACGUUACUAAACAAACUGGAGGUGGCGCUGUCCAACGAGAACUUGUCUGUGGACGUGGUGUCUCACUGUCUGCUGUGUUUGAAGGAGGAGUGGAUGAACAAGGUCAAAGUGCUCUUUAAAUUCUCUAAAGUGGACGGGCGAGGCAGGGAAGACACACAGAAGGUUCUAGCCUUGCUCGGCACCACGGGGUCCGGCGAGGAGGACAACGUGAGGCUGCUCAAAUUCUGGAUGACGGGACUGAGUAAAACCUACAAGAGCCAUUUGAUGAGCGCUGUCCGGGGAGGGGAGAGAAGCCCCAGCCAGUGACAAAGACUCAAAGAAGAAGGCCUAUUGUAUUGAGAAAAGGAAAGUGAAAGCAAGAAUUCUUUCCAGGCCACUUUUACUAGAAAUGAAUGAAAGGAAAUCCUGUUUUUUCCCAGAAGUAAUGAUAAUUCUAAUUGAUUAUUGUCCAAAUGAGAUUAGAUUUACAGUGCCUUGCAAAAGUAUUCGGCCCCCUUGAACCUUGCAACCUUUCGCCACAUUUCAGGCUUCAAACGUAAUGAUAUAAAAUUUUAAUUU